GCUACCAGGUGACAGGUGUCUUCAUGAAGAACUGGGACCCUCUGGAUGAACAAGGAGCUUGCUCCAUUGACAGAGACUGUGAAGAUGCUUACCGGGUUUGCCAGAAGCUUGAUAUUCCUUUUCACCAGGUUUCGUACGUGAAAGAAUACUGGAAUGAAGUAUUCAGUGACCUCUUGAAAGAAUAUGAGUUGGGAAGGACUCCUAAUCCUGAUAUCGUGUGUAACAAGCACAUCAAAUUCAACUACUUUCUCCAUUAUGCUAUGGAUAACCUUGGAGCAGAUGCAAUCGCUACUGGGCAUUAUGCUAGGACCUCCCUAGAGGAUGAGGAAGUGUUUCAGCAGAAGCAUAUUAAAAGACCACAAAGACUUUUCCGAAACCGUUUUGAAGUUAGAAAUACUGUGAAACUCCUUCAAGGAGCUGACCUCUUCAAGGACCAGACCUUCUUUCUAAGUCAGAUCUCACAGGAUGCUUUGAGGAAAACCAUUUUCCCCUUAGGGGAUUUAACAAAAAAUUUUGUAAAGAAGAUAGCGGCGGAACACAGCCUUCAUCACGUGCUAAAGAAAAAAGAGAGUAUGGGAGUCUGUUUCAUUGGUGAAAGAAACUUUGAAAAUUUCCUUCUUGAGUAUUUAGAACCUCAACCGGGUAACUUUGUUUCCAUUGAAGAUAAGAAGGUGAUGGGAACUCACAAAGGUUGGUUCCUCUACACAAUAGGCCAAAGGGCUAGACUAGCAGGCCUGAAGGAUGCUUGGUUCGUUGUAGAUAAAGAUGUCAGCACCGGAGAUGUCUUUGUGGCACCGUCGACAGAUCACCCGGCGCUGUACAGAGACCUGCUGCGGACCAACCGAGUGCACUGGAUAGCAGAGGAGCCUCCUGCAGAGCUCGUUAGAGAGAAGAUGAUGGAAUGUCAUUUCAGGUUUCGGCACCAGAUGGCACUGGUGCCCUGUGUGCUGACUCUAAACCAAGAUGGGAGCGUGUGGGUGACACUAGUGAAGCCAGCAAGAGCUAUCACACCUGGCCAGUUUGCCGUGUUCUACAAGGGUGAUGAGUGCUUGGGCAGUGGGAAGAUCCUAAGGAUGGGCCCAUCGGUGUACACCAUGCAACAGGGCAAAAAUCGAGAGGAAGGUCCCAAGAAGGAAGAAAUCGACAAAAUAGAACCAGUGACGUAACACACGGAUUUAGUUAUUGAAGGACUUCAGAGAACUUGCUGACUGAGAAUAAUAAAAACAAU